CCCCGAACCCUAUUUUUUCCUAAAACCCCAUCCCGUCCCGUCUUCGCACCCGAAGAUUCGAGUACUUCCUCCCUAAACCCCUGACCUCUCCAGUCUCCUCCACGCCUUCUCUCUUCUCUCAUCGGUAGCUGUGACCCUCUGCCGCUCCAAACUCCCGGAAAAUGGCGAAGCGUUUGAUUCCAGCCUUUAAUCGCAUUUUGGUCGAGAAGAUUGUCCCUCCUUCCAAGACUACCGCCGGCAUCCUUCUUCCGGAGAAAACCUCCAAGCUGAACUCUGGCAAAGUUGUUGCUGUGGGUCCUGGGCUUCGUGACAAGAAUGGAAAUCAGAUCCCUGUAGCGGUGAAAGAAGGAGAGACGGUUCUUUUGCCCGAGUAUGGUGGGACUGAAGUGAAGCUUGGUGAUAAGGAGUAUCAUCUCUUCCGGGAAGACGAUAUCCUUGGAACUCUUCAUGAUUGAUGCAGAAGGAACUGUACCUCGCAUUGAUGGAGUUGGUACUUCUCUAGUGUUGGAAAGUUAAAUUUUUAAGCUUGAAAGUUGGCAUUGUUUCUCUCUCGUCGGAGAGAACAUGAUCAUGAACCCUGAUGUCUUUACACAUAUUGGAUACUUGCUGAAACGUUCUGCUUUUGUUCUGUUGGCUGAUGAUGGGGAUGGUUCCUAGUGUCUGAUUGUUUACUUGCUUAAGUGAAAAGAGUAGAACAUCUAUGGAUAAUUGAGGUGUCCUAUGCCAGGUUGUGCAAUUUUCUUAG